GAAGAAGCAAGGCGAAGGGGGAGGGAUACCGGAUCGUCUUUCUCUUUUCUUGGUCGACGCUGGCUGACGCGGCACGCCGGCACUUUCCAUUUGUGUAAACGCGUUCCGCAUGCGACUCGUACCGGGCGACGGAUAAAAUUCGACGGGAUCGCAUCGCGAGAUAGUCUCCUAAGGAUCGAGAGUUACGGGGCGGGAGCUGCAUAUGUCGUCCCUCGUUUGUUUCUCCGGUACGAGGGAGAAACGAUUAGCGAGUGUCGCAUGAGAACGGCUCCGAAUAACCAUGCCGUUGUAAUCGUCGUUGCGAGAGAUAAAGAGACCGUGUUUCGAAGAUUGAGAUAAUUUAGCAGCGGAUGUACAGGUGAAUGUCAAUUGAAAAGCAGACAGGAGACAAGAUGCAAACUCGACAGAUUCUAGGCGUGUGUCAUCGCCUAUUGGAACUAAUUGUGAGAGGAAUAUCACUGUUGGUUGCCUUUGUCAGAGGACCGGCAGAAUCUCAACCACCCAUCAAAGAUUUAACUCUCUUACAUAGCGCGACCACUUUAGCGUUAAAAAUUCGAAAUAGACAAUUAACUUCGGAAGACGUGGUAUCUUCGUAUAUAGAAAGAAUAAAAGAGAUUCAACCGAUACUUAACUGUGUAGUCGCGGAACGCUUUGAUGAAGCUCUCAAAGAAGCAAGAAAAUGCGACGAACUGUUAAAAUCUCAGAACGCUCCGUCCGUCGAGUUUCUGGCCAAGGAGAAACCAUUAUUUGGCAUACCUUUUACUACCAAGGACUGUAUCGCGAUCGAAAACAUGCAGCAAACGGCUGGUCUAGUUGUGCGUAAGAACACUAUCAUUGAUAAAGAUGCAGAAGUGAUAAAAUUAAUAAGGUCAGCUGGAGCCAUACCUCUGGCAUUGACAAAUGUUUCAGAACUGGCAAUGUGGUGGGAAAGUAGUAAUUGUCUAUUCGGUAUUACCAAGAAUCCCUAUAAUACAAGACAUAUUGUAGGCGGUUCUUCGGGUGGUGAAGGUUGCAUACAAGCAGCAGCUGGAGCACCAUUUGGAAUUGGCUCGGAUAUUGGUGGCUCUAUUCGCAUGCCGGCAUUCUUCAAUGGGAUUUUUGGCCAUAAGCCAACUAAAGGAAUUGUUUCGAAUGAUGGCCAAUACCCUAGUGCGCAUAGUCACGAUCAAGAUCAAUUACUCGGUAUUGGACCAAUGUGCAGAUACGCGCAAGAUUUAUCGUUAAUUUUUAAAAUUAUCGCAGAUAAAAAUGUCGACUUAUUGAAGUUAAAUCAGAAAGUGGAUAUUUCGCAAAUAAAGAUUUAUUAUAUGGAAGACGAUGGUGGUCAGUAUCUAGUUUCGCCAGUGGAUCCAGAAAUAAAAGCCGCUAUGAAAAGAGUGGUGAAUUAUUUUGAAAAAGCGCACAAAAUUAAAGCCACGAAAUUAAACAUAAAGAUGUUAAAAAAGAGCAUAGCCCUCUGGUUGGCGAACAUGACAUGCAAGGACGACAAAGACUUUUCAUAUGAGUUAACUAAUAGGAAAGGUCAACUUAAUAUCUGGUUAGAAUGCAUUAAGUGGAUGUUAUUUAUGAGCAACCACACCUUUGUCGCUCUUUUCACUGCCAUAUUCGAAAAAUUCGGCUUAAAACACGGGAGUGAGGAACAUAUGCGACUUAUGCAACAAAGUAAAGAACUUUAUCAGCAAUUUAAGGAUAUUUUAGGAGAAGAUGGUGUGUUUUUGUAUCCAACACACCCAACUGCAGCUCCAAUGCAUCAUGAACCGUUGUGUAAACCGUUCAACUUUUCUUAUACUGCAAUCAUUAAUGUAUUAGGCCUACCAGCUACAGCUUGUCCAUUAGGUUUAAAUAAACAAGGACUUCCUAUUGGAAUACAGGUUGUAGCAGGACUUUAUCAAGAUCAUUUGACUUUCGCUAUUGCGGAAGAAUUGGAACGAUGUUUCGGAGGAUGGGUACCACCGGCAAUAGUAGCUUGACAUUGAUACUAUCAUAGACAAUAAUUCUACGAAUGAAUAACACACAUACACACACAUACAUACAUACAUAAAGCCUCAUUUUAUUGAACCCUGCCAUCUUUCUCUUGCAAAGUAUUAUCUAAAGGAUUAUCUUCUAAAUACUAUCGAAAUAAAGUACAAAUUAUACAUGAAUA